AUGGCCGCUCCUACGGGAAUCAUCGAGACCACUAGCACCGUCAGGAGCUACCCUGAUCCGUGCCCGAACUCCCGGAUGAUUUGGUAUGACGUUCACGGAUCAGGCACUCAAGAGGUGUCUGACUGGAAGUACUUCAAAGACAUGGGCCUCUAA